UUCCGGUUGGUGGCCAAUCCUGGCAGUCCAUUCCAGUGCAUCUUAUCUUCUAUCUUGCUUUGAUGGUAACAAUGUUGCUCUUUGGGACUGGGAUAAGGAGUGGGACAAGAUUGUGUUCAAAGGUCGUUCAACACAGGUCAUGGCAGUGGCAUUUCACCCAACAAAGUUGAAUGUCUUCGGAAGCUCAUCGAAGGAUGGCACAAUUAAGGUUUGGGAUAUUGAGAAGAGGGCCGUCACACACACCAUCCAAGAUCAUGACAUUCCUCAGAUAUACCGUUUGCAAUUCUGCCUCAAAUCGGAAAAACCACUUCUGGUGACAGGCGGUGAUGGCGGCCAUGCGAGGGUUUGGGACUACGAAGCGGGAUCAUGCGUUGCCAAAUUGGAAGGGCACAGUGGAAAUGUCUGGGAUGCCUUUUUCCACCCCCACUUGCCAUUCAUCUUCACUGCAAGCUUCAACCGGGAGGUCAGAGUCUGGGACGAGCUAAACUACAAACUAGUGUUGUCCUAUUCCACGGAGCUCACAAACAUCUCUAGCAUGGCACCACCUUGCAGAAACUCAAACAAGAUUGUCCUAGGAGGUUGUACAGAAUUCCUUGUGUUAGAGGUGGUCGGCAAGCAAACUGAGGUGUCGAUAAACAAAAUUCUCAGUAUGCAGAGGACGUUAGAUGAGCUGCGAGCAGCACAAACAAUAAAAACGCAAAGUCUGACUGAACUGGGAUCAAUGUUGCAAAAGGAAGUCACUGCACGGCAAGAGUCAGACAAGGCAUGCAAAGAGCUGACCGCGAGGAUCCAGAAGGCUGAGGUUGAGAGGCCAACUUUGGUCGAGAAACUGGGAAAAAUCAGCCAAACCGUUGAGAAGAUGGAGGGUAAAUUGAAACAGGUCACUGAACGACAAGUGGCACGGGAGUUACGUCGUGAAGUGGGUGAUGGCCCCGUAGAGGAUAAUUGUCCAUUGUUCCGAGAGUACUCGGCAAAGGAGCUGCAGGAUGCAACAGAUAACUUCGAUGACAAGUGGAAGAGCGGCGAUGGGGAUCCCUAAGGCUGUUGUUUCUUGGGGAAACACGUUCAACUUGGUCAUCUGUGGGUAAGAAAAAUAAGGGCUGAUAUUAUGAGGAGCGAUGAAUC